GUCAAAGUUGCAUGGGGGACCGGCGCCAUAAAGCCUGAAUGGACGGUUUCGGAGCUGCAGAAUAGAAAGUGACAGGCAUCUCAUGGACCGCUGCAGCAUGCUGACCUGUGAAAUAUGUGGUGAGGAGCUCCUGCUGGAAGAGGACAUGAGAACCCAUCUGGUCGUCAUCCACCUGGAGCAGGAGCUGCGCUGCCCCCUAUGUUCCUUGUCGGGGGUGUCCUACGAUGAGCUCUGCUUCCACAUCAGCUGUGCACACCCAGAGGAGAGGCCCGGAGCACAGGGUCCCCCUCGCUUCAUGCCCCCGUCCGGUUGCUCUGCUGGAACUGAGGCGCCCCAGUCCUGCUCAGCUGAGGACAGCUGGGUCACACCCCCCACUAACUCUAGUGUACCCACAGACUCAGUGCUAGCUCAACACAACAAGGCACUAGAUGCUGGGGGUUCACCUCCUGGGGAGAGUGCGACAGCACGGAGUACUAAAACAAGUCCACAGUGUGUUGUGCUCUCUAAUGAGGACAAUGAUGGAGUUAAAACUGAGCACAGCGAAGCCAAACAGCGGCGCCUGUCUCCAAGAAAAGAGAAGCUGUUCUCCUGCCCCAUGUGUGCUCUCGUGUGCAACAGCUGUUUCCUCCUGCAGGAGCAUGUGGAGUUGCAUCUGCAGGAACAGCGCUCGCAUGAAGUGUCAGCACCGGAGGUGUGUUCACCAGCCAGUACAUCAGCACCAGGCAGCACCCUCUGCAGAGAGAGGAGAUUUGAGUGUCCCAUGUGCUCUGUGGUGUGCAGUGACAGCUUCUCUCUGCAGGAGCAUGUGGAGCUGCAUUUAGACCACGCAGCAGCAGGUGCAGCGAGCCCUGGCUCUGACCUGAAGCUGGCCCAGCAGCUGCAGCAGCAGGAGGAGGCCCAACAGGAGAGAGAAGAGUUCAAGAAGCUUCAGAGGCAGUUUGGUCUGGAUGGCGGGGGGGGCUACUGCAGACAGAUGGAGAGGACCAUGGACAGAGCGGUGGCCCGGGGUCUCAUGUCUCCAGCAGAGUUCCACUGUCAGAGGGCUGAGAUGAUGGAGUCUCUGGCCUCAGGGGCUGAUGAUGGCAGAACCAGAACUCAGGGUGUGCUCCGAGCGCUGUAUGAGUACUACCAGACUGAGUGCAGAGACAGUGUCCAUGUGUGGCUGAGUGCGGACACAGACCACUACUGCUCCUCUGCGGGGGAUAAAGGCUGGGGCUGCGGAUACAGAAACCUCCAGAUGCUGCUCUCCUCGCUGCACACAAUCGAUGCAUUUGCUGCCCUUUUACAAGAGAAGGCGGUGCCCAGCAUCCCUGGGCUGCAGCGUAUGAUCGAGGACGCUUGGAAAGAGGGCUUGGAUCCAAAUGGAGCGUCCCACUUCAACCAGCGUCUGCAGGGGACACGAGCCUGGAUCGGAGCCACCGAGGUCUACGCCCUCCUCACCUCACUGGGAAUCAGUGCUCGCAUCAUGGACUUCCAUCAGCCGAGCGGCCCCGGCGACACCCACCCGCGACUCUUUGAGUGGGUCAAGCAGUACUUCCAGCAGUCCAACAGGAGCUGCAGACUGCCCCCCCGACUCGUGCACACCUCCAUGCCCCCGCUGUACCUGCAACACCAAGGUCACAGCCGCUCCAUCGUGGGCCUGGAGCAGAAGAAAAACGGGAGCCUGUGCCUUCUGAUUCUGGACCCUGGCACCUCGGCGUCAGACACCAGGAAGCUGCUGAGUAGGGACAGCGUCUCCCACGCCGUCCGCCACGUCCGCAAGUUCCCCAGCAGCCUGAAGCACAAACAGUACCAGGUGGUGGCGGUGCAGGGCCCGCUGUCUGCUGAGGAGAAACAGAUCAGCAUCUUAAACUCGAGGACAUUACGUGCUGAAAGGAUCCCGUGAUCAGGAACGUCUUUAUUUCUUCUUUCCUUUUUUACUGUAAACAUACUUCAGCAAGUAUUUAAUGUAUUCAUUUGCUAAUGAAAGUUGUAAUGUAUCCCUAUUUAUGUUUUUAAUAAAGUGUUUCCUCCAUG